AUGACACCAGAAAGACUUGGUAUAGGAAUAGAUUUAGGGUCAUCAGCGGUACGAAUUGGCCUAUACGAUGUUGAAACUGAUGAACUUUUGAAGUACAGUUUGAGAAGAGUUCGCUACUAUACCCAUGACUCCGAGAAAGUUACGCAAAGUACUGCUGAAAUUAUGCAGGCGAUUUAUGCCGCGUUUACAGAUCUUGGUAAUGAAAUGGACAACGUUGUUUCCUGUGGGGUUGCGGCUACUUGCUCUUUAGCGGCUUUCACUUACCGCGAUGGGAAGUAUUCUCCAAUACCUGUAUACAGGACAAACGCUACUUCAAAAGACAUCCAGAAUGUUGUUUUCUGGAUGGACCGUAGCGCCAAAAAUGAAACCCACAGAUUAAACGAAGUUUGCCUCGAUGUGACGCAUUUCAUGGGUGGAGGGUUCAUUCCAGAAAUGGGAAUUCCAAAACUCAUGAAAUUGAUUGAAAACCUUCCUCAAGGCGAUCUCCAAUUUGCGGUGUUAGAUCUGCACCAAUACAUUGCUUUUGAAUUGGGCCGAAAAUUUGGCUGGAACACCACGAGAACGUCAAAUUCGCCAAAUACAAAUGGAAUCGGCCACGACGGUGAGCUUUCAGGCUGGUCAAAAGAGUUUUACAAAAAGAAGCUGAAAUUGCCUGCCAAAGUUAACAUUGGACCAUACCCUCAACCCUUGACAGAUAGCCGAGUCACCGUUUCCAGUUGUAUUGAUUGUUACGCAAACUGGUUUGGAGCUUGUCCAUCCCAGCCAGAAACUUCACUUUUCCUAGCCGCUGGCACUUCAACCUGUUACCUACGAGCAAGCAAGAACAGCGCGUUUAUUCCUGGAAUUUGGGGUCCUUUUACUAACAUUUUAGAAUCCGAGACACAUGGCUCUUUCAACGUCUAUGAAGCGGGUCAAUCUUGUACGGGAAAAUUCUUCGAAUACCUGUUUGAGGUACAUCCUGCGGCUAGAGACUACAAAGGAGAUCCUGCUCGCCUUUUUGAAGACUUAGAAAAAUCUUGUCUCAAAAUUGAAAAGGUAACAGGUCGUUCUGUUCAUUUCGCAGCCAAAGGCAUCUUUACGUAUGGCGAGCUUCAGGGAAACCGCACGCCCUACUGUGAUCCUGCCAUGUCUGGAGUUUUCAUGGGGAUUACACCCGAUGUCUCAUUCAAAAAUUUAACUUUACAGUACAUUGCAGCAAUUGAAUUUUUGGCGUUCGAAGUUAAAGAAAUGACACUCCAGCUUGGCAAUGAAAUAGAUUAUUUGAUAGUCGUUGGUAGCCAAGCCAAAAACAAAAGGCUUCUGUCUUUGAUUUCUCUAAUCAAUAAUGACAUUGACGUGAAAAUCUCUGAGAAGCCGCCUUCGCUUAUCGGCAUAAGAGGAGCUUAUUUAUUAGGGAAAGCUUCGAGACAAAAUCGUACGGUUUUAGAUGUUAUUAGAGAACAGCAGAACGAAACUAAGUUACUACAACUUGCAAAGAGCUCAAUUAACCAUAAAGAGAAACCAUUCCUAAAGGAGCUUAUGGAGGUCAAAUAUGAGAUUCACUUAGAAAUAGCCCAAACGCAGCGAAAAUUCCGAUCCAUGAUUAACGCAAUAAGUAGUCAGCCUUGGAGAAGUUUUUUGAUCAAACAAUGA